AUGGGCUCUGGCUGCAGUUCUUUCGGUGAUGACAACGCGCCGUACGAUCCAAAGGUGAUUUCUAUUAAGCACUUUGAGAUCCAUCGGAUUGUCGGCCAGGGUGGCUUUGGUAAAGUCAAUGCAGUCAUUCGCAAGAAAGCGACCCCAGUCAAGUGGCUCGCGAUGAAGACUCUGUCCAAGGCAGCAGUGAUCAAUAGAAAUUGCGUCAGUAUGAUCUGGAACGAGCGCAAUCUGCUCACUCAAAUCCAAAGCCCAUUGAUCGUGCGAAUGCAUCACACGUUUCAGGACCCGUACAACUGCUACGUCAUCAUGGAUCUACUACUUGGUGGAGAUCUUAAGUACCAUCUCAGAUCACGCAAAGAUGGUUUCCAAGAAACAGAAGCAAAGUUCUAUACAGCUGGAAUACUAUUGUCGCUGGAGUAUCUCCAUUCUCUUAAAAUUCUGCAUCGCGAUGUCAAGCCAGAAAAUGUUAUUCUCGAUGAUAAAGGCUACCCUCGCCUCACCGAUCUGGGCAUCUCAGUACAGACAGCCAACUUACGAUUCCAAAGUCGGAGCGGGACAGUGGCAUACAUGGCUCCAGAGAUCUUCCGAGGUUCUACCGAGCAUGGAACACCUUCAGAUUUCUUCAGUUUGGGAGUGUUAACAUAUGAAUUGCUCUUCGGAAGACGCCCUUGGAGUGGUGGGGUUCGCUCACAUCUCGAGAAAUGUCCAGACGUGAUGAAGGAUUUCCCUGAGAGUGUAUAUGACAAAUAUUAUCCGAUCGAACUCCUGGAUAGCACGACUGGUAUCAACGCUAAGGUGUCACAAACUUGUCGAUCGUUUCUGCGAGGGUUACUACAUCCGAAAGAGUCCGAGCGUUUGGGUGCUGGGUUUGAUGGUAUACUAGAGAUUAAAACGCAUGAAUGGUUACGAAACUUUGACUGGGACGGAUAUCUCGCACAUAUUCUCACUCCACCCUUUGUCCCUGUCGUCGAUGAGAAGAAAGCCAAUUGUGAUACAGCAGCUCAAGACUUCGAUGACGUACUGAGUUUAAACUCUCGUGGCGAGCGAAUAUCGGCCGAAGACCAGGACAAGUUCAAGGGCUUCGAGUUCAACCUCGAUGCCAAUAACCCCGUAGCAAUAUAA